AUGGAAUCACACAAGACAUCGAAGAGUUCGAAGAAGGACCAGCCUUCAACGUCCUCGGGUUCCGAAUUAUCUCGACCAAGGCGCGGCAGACCAAGCGGUGCAAACCGCAUCCCUCUCACCUUGGAAGAAAGACGUGCACGGAAUGCACAAUAUGAGAGGGAACGCCGGGAAGAUUUUGCCAAGGCCCAGAUGGAAUUGGUGGAGGCUGCAGGUUGCGACCCCAAUACCUCGAUGCCUCAUUUGAUGGCGAUCGUCAUUACCAAACUCAAGAACGUCACUGAGGAACCGAGUAUUGAGGAAUAUAGGCGAAUUAACGAUAAUCUGGAAGCGCAAAUUGCCAGCUGUAUCGAACGCUUGGGGCUAGAGUAUGUCGUAAGCGGUGGUGACGACGAUAUAGAGCCGGAUGAUGUGAAUACACGAAAACGCAAGCACUCGUGUGAGUGGAACAGUGAUGAGGCGGGUCUGCGGCCUAGUGGCAAGCGACUGCCAGACAGGUGGAUAUCGGCCGCAGACCUAGCUGAAGCUGGGCCCUCCGUUACAGUGACACACGAGGUGCCACCGAAUCCGGCACCAUGUACAUCCCUGCUGACAACUCUGCCAAUACCUUCUCCGCAAUCGUCACCGCUACAGCAAGAGACGAUAUCAGAACUCGAUCCUCCUCUGCUUUUCAUAGAACAGCUCGAACUGCCAGCAUCGCCAGUACUCCCAGAAACGCCGCCACAGCUAGAGGCGAUGACCGCAGAUGACGUGGCUUUGCUUUUCUCUCAAGACGAUUUGCUGGACAUUUACGGAGCCCUAGACUCCGUAGAUCAAGUAUUUUGA